ACCAAAAACUGUGGUAUUAUAUAUAAGGCGCCGUGUACACGGUUACCAUGGCCAUUGCUGGAAGAUGCAAGGUUAAAACUGUAGUUUUGUUAGGCUUAGCCUUGCUCUCCUUCGUGGCCGAAGGUGCAGUACCUGAGGGUCGCCGGCAUGGUUUCCGUGUCCGUCGCAAUCUUGCUGAUGCUGAUGCUGAUGCCACAGUUUUUGAUGUUAUGACAUAUGGUGCCAAGGCAGAUGGCAAGACCGAUAACUUUGAGCCGUUCGUUAAAGCUUGGAAGGCAGCAUGCAGCGCUAGUGCUCCAGCGACGCUAGUUAUCCCACGAGGAACAUAUCUGACUGGGCAGGUGGUUUUUCAGGGGCCAUGCAAAAGCUCAAAUCCUAUAACUGUCAAAAUUGAAGGAACCAUAAAAGCGACGACAGAUAUCAGCGAAUAUCCUACAGCUGAGUGGAUCCUGUUCGAGUUAAUUGAUGGCUUGAUCAUUACCGGCAGUGGAACUAUCGAUGGCCAGGGAGCCUCUGUAUGGGGAUAUAAUGACUGUAGCCACAACUCCGGGUGCCAACUUCUACCAGUGUCAAUUAAAUUCCACAGAGUGAAUAAUUCUGUUGUCAAUGGGAUCAGUUCCGUAAAUGCAAAAUCAUUCCACAUGUUCAUCACACGCAGUGCUAAUAUAACAGUUCAUGACCUGAAUAUCACUGCUCCUGCAAAAAGCCCGAAUACCGAUGGCAUUCAUAUAGGCAGUUCCAGUUUUGUUAAUAUAACUAACAGCAACAUUGGAACCGGUGAUGACUGCAUUUCCAUUGGACAAGGAGCGACCAACAUCUCCAUCUCCAGUGUUUUUUGUGGUCCAGGACAUGGCAUAAGUAUUGGUAGCCUGGGCAAGUACAAAGACGAGGAGGACGUAAGUGGGAUUGUUGUUAAAAAUUGCACGUUAUCUAACACCACCAAUGGUGUGAGGAUCAAGACCUGGCCUGGAUCACCUCCAAGCCAAGCUUCAAGCAUCACUUUUCAAGACAUUGUAAUGGAUAUGGUUCAAAAUCCCAUUAUCAUAGAUCAGAAUUAUGGCUCCCAUAAGAGUGCGCCAUCACGGGUGAAAGUUAGUGAUGUCCAUUACAAGAACAUCAGGGGCACCUCAAAAUCACCAGUUGCAGUCUCUUUGUCAUGCAGCUCCGAAGUCCCCUGCCAAGGUGUUCAAUUGGUUGACAUCGAUUUGGCCUAUAAGAGCGUCCGCAAAAGCAAACGCAUGCAAAAUUCAACCCUGUCAGCUUCAUGUCUGAAUGUGAAAGUCACAUCUGGCGGUAAACAGAAUCCGCCAGCUUGUCCCUAAUUUCUUCUCCUAGAUGCGAUAUCCAUACAUAUCAUAAUAUCAAAAUUUUUUUACCCUUUCUUUUC